AUGGCGGCAGCAGCAGCAGCAGCUGAGAAGCCCAGCUCCAAAGGACAAGCAUGGUUCUGCACCACUGGGUUACCAAGCGACAUUGUGGUCGAAGUCGAUGACAUGACCUUCCAUCUCCACAAGUUUCCUCUCAUGUCAAAAAGCCAGAAGCUUCACAACCUGAUCACAGAGCAAGAGACGAACCCAUCGCAAACCCGCCAACAAAUUGAAGAGCAGGAUGAGAACGAUGACGAAAUCGAAGAAGUUCAGUGCCAAAUAGCUCUCUCUGACUUCCCCGGCGGCUCAGAGACCUUCGAAAUAGCAGCUAAGUUCUGCUAUGGCGUCAAGAUCGACUUGAGCCCCUCCAAUGUCGCGCCUCUGCGCUGCGCUGGAGAGUAUCUGGAAAUGACCGAAGAGUACUCAGAAGAUAACCUCAUUUCCAAGACCGAGAGGUUUCUCUCUCAGUCUGUGUUGAAAAGCUUCAAGGAAUCGCUCAAAGCUCUCAAGUCCUGCGAACGAGUGAUGCCUCUUGCAGAGACUUUGGGUAUUACGCAGAGGUGCAUAGACUCCAUCGCCUCCCGCGCCACGUCAGCCGAUCCCACCCUGUUUGGCUGGCCGGUUAGCGAAGCACCCAAUGCGAAUACGAAUGCGAUUUCUUCCUCUUCUUCCACCAAACAGCAGAUUUUGUGGAAUGGGAUCGACGCCGGUGGCGGCGGUGGACGAAGAAGAGGCCUUUCCAAACACACAGAUUCCUGGGUUGAAGAUUUGGUGGUUUUGAGUUUGCCUCUGUUCAACCGAUUGAUUUCCGCCAUGAAAUCUGGAGAUCUAAGCUUGGAGAUGGUGGAGACUUGUUUGAUGCAUUACGCUAAGAAGUACAUUCCUGGAAUUUCAAGAACAAAUCGAAAGCCUCCAUCUUCUAUCUCCGCCGUCACCGCCACCACAACCUCAUCGUCUUUAGCUUCGGAGAGUCAACAGCGAGAGCUUUUGGAGACGAUCAUCUCCAAUCUUCCAUUGGAGAAGAGCUCCAGACCUUCCACCGCUACUCGUUUCCUCUUUGGACUGCUGAGAACCGCCAACAUACUCAAUGCCUCCGAGGCCUGCAAAGCCGCGUUGGAGAAGAAGAUCGCUUCGCAGCUCCACCAAGCCACCUUAGACGACCUUCUCAUCCCGAGCUACUCGUACCUCAACGAGACUCUCUACGACGUCGAUUGCGUCGAGAGGAUCUUAGGUUACUUCUUGAACGGCUUGGAUCAGAGAAACACAGCCGGAAUCGAAGAAGACGACGGUUCUGACGGUGCUGUCAGAUCACCGACGUUGAUGCUCGUCGGAAAAUUGAUCGACGAGUUUCUCUCCGAGAUCGCCUCCGACGCGAAUCUCAAGCCGGACCGAUUCUACAAUCUCGCGAUUUCUCUACCUGAACAAGCUCGGCUCUUCGACGACGGUCUUUACAGAGCCGUCGAUCUCUAUCUCAAGGCUCAUCCAUGGAUACCGGAACCAGAGCGCGAGAAGAUCUGCGGAAUUUUAGACUGCCAGAAGCUCACGCUCGAGGCUUGCACGCACGCGGCGCAGAACGAGCGGUUGCCUCUGCGCGCGGUGGUGCAAGUUCUGUUCUUCGAGCAGCUCCAGCUCCGGCACGCCAUCGCCGGAAAUCUGCUCGCAACCGACGUCGCUCCCCCGGACUCGGGCAGGCCAUCGGUGCUGCAACGCGAACGACAGGAGGAGGAAGAAGAGGAAGAGGACGACGCGGAGGCACGUGCGGAGGAAGAUGGGGAUAAUGUGGCACGUGCAAAUGAUAGUGGGGGCGGCACGUGGAGGGUGGCUGUGAGGGAGAAUCAGGUGUUGCGCUUGGAUAUGGAUAGCAUGAGGACGCGGGUGCACCAGCUGGAGCGGGAAUGCUCCAACAUGAAAAAGGUGAUCGAGAAGAUUGAUAGUCCGGGUCAGCCCAGGAGGGACGGGUCAGGUUGGAAGGUCUCGUUGAGCCGGAGGUUCGGGUGUAAGUUCAAGACCCAGGUGUGUGAUUCGCACGAAGCCACGGCCGUUGAUACUAGGAAAGGACGGCGACACCAUCAUCAACAAUAG